GUUUGAUGCUGCAGGAAUCUGACGUAUUGACGUAACUUUGAAAAUGCUGUCAUCUGUGAAUUUAAGCAGCUAUUACAAUUAUCCUGGAUAAACUGUACCCAGUUGUUGCCGCUGGUUCAUUGGAUUUUGUAAUUUUAAAGCACGUUUACUAAAAGUAUUCAUGGAUACUACUCAAACUGAAUGUGAUGCAGUUAAGAAAAUUUCAAAACAUACAGAAGUUAUCAAGGAAGGUAAAGCUGAGAUUCUAGUUGCUGAAAAGAAUGUAUUUUAUAACCCCGUGCAAGAAUUUAACCGGGAUCUUAGUAUUGCGGUGAUAUCCUUUUUUUCAAAAAUUAGAUACAAGACUGUGCUCGAAAAGAAAGAUCCAAAGUUAAAAGAUAAUGGAAUAAAUAUUGAGGAUAUUAAUUUACAAGCUGGAUUAAGGAAUGAGGAUGGAAUUACGGUAUUGGAAGCAUUAUCUGCAACUGGUUUGCGCAGUAUAAGAUAUGCUAAAGAAAUCCCUGGCAUUAAGCAGAUCACAGCUAAUGAUAUUUCUGCAAAGGCAGUCGAUAGUAUUAAAAAAAAUAUACAGCACAAUGAAGUAGAAGAUUUAAUAACUGCGAGUCACGACGAUGCAACCAUGCUUAUGUAUCGGAGCAGGAGAAAUCGUUUCGAUGUUGUUGAUUUGGAUCCAUAUGGAUGUCCAUCCAUAUUUCUAGAUAGUGCUGUACAGUGUAUUGCAGAUGGUGGAUUGCUUUUAGUCACAGCAACCGAUAUGGCAGUGUUAGCUGGUAAUUCACCAGAAACCUGCUAUGUGAAGUACGGUGCGAUUUCUCUGAAAUCCAAAGCUUGUCAUGAAAUAGCUUUAAGGAUACUGCUGCAGCACAUCUCGUGUCAUGCAGGACGUUACGGCCGAUAUAUUCAACCAGUACUGUGCAUCAGUGCAGAUUUCUACAUACGAGUAUUCGUACGAGUUUUCUCAGGGCAAAUAAAAUGCAAAGCUAACACCAGCAAAUUGGGAAUGAUAUAUCAAUGUGUAGGAUGCGAGACCAUGACGAUUCAACCACUUGGUGCAAUUAAACCAAAUGGAGGUUACAAACUGGCUAAUGGACCUGUGGUGGAUCAGCUGUGCAAGCAUUGUCGGCAUAAACACCAUAUCGGUGGACCAAUAUGGCUAGAUCCUUUGCACGAUCAAGUCUUUAUAUCGAAACUCUUGUGUACUCUUGAUAACAUGGAAUUAGGUACUUUAAAAAGAAUACAGGGCGUCUUAAAUGUUGUACAUGAAGAAUUAGACGUACCAUUGUAUUAUACACUUGAUCGUUUGAUGUCCAUUGUACGAUGUCAUACUCCAACUAUUCUAGCCUUCAGGUCGGCUUUAAUGAAUGCAGGUUACAAAGUGUCAUUCUCUCAUGCCAAUAAGGUGUCGAUAAAAACAGAUGCGCCAAAUGAAGUUAUAUGGGACAUUGUGCGAACAUGGGAGAAGGAUCAUCCUGCCAAACGUGAAAAACUUGAUGAAAACAGUCCUGCUUUAGCUAUUCUCACCCAGGAAUGUACUAAAGAAAUUUCAUUCGACAUACAUCCUCUGGCUAAUCCUCUUUCACGACAAAAACAUUUGACCCGUUUUCAAGAAAAUCCAACUUCCUUCUGGGGACCAGGUACACGUUCCACGACAAUGGUUCAGUCAGAUAGAUCAGAUUCCAAGAAAAAGCGGAAUCAGAAUAAAAAUUCAAAAAAGAAAUUAUCUGCGGUAACGGAGAAGAUCGAAGAGAUAAAUGAAUCUGAUGAAACUGUAAUUGAACAAGGACCACCUGCCAAGCAGGCUAAACAAGAAUCGUGAAUGACGCGUAUACGUAAAAAAUACUUUUUUAUAGAUUGUAACAAAUGUUUAUAAUAAAAAUAACGGACUAGAAGAUCCAACGACGGACGUAAUAAAAGUUUUAUUUGGAACGGAAAGAAGGAA